GCUGAAGAUCAAGUUGGGCGCAAGCAAGGUGGUAUUUCGCGACGCUGAUAAGAAUCUUCGCACGGCAGGUAUCCACUCCCGGGCAGACGGGAUGCCGGCGAGGUGAACCUUGGUUGAAUGCGUAAUCACUAACGAGCUACAGCGUCGAGAAAAAUAGCACAAACAGUGAGUAUAAGUAAGUGAGGACAACCGAAGUGGAGGUGAAGACGAGUAGGUCUUGCAGGGACAAGACAGCUCCCAAGACUGCGUGAAACAGGGAGUCAGCAGCAUGAUCAGCAAGGUUGUUGGCAGCGGGCCGGAGGAAUAAAUAGAGAUACGACCCCACGUCUAGCGUCGUCGGCAGAUUGGACAAAACUGCGAGCAAGUCGCUUCAAACAUGGCGGACCAAGCGAAUGAAGGUGGGCGAGAGUUGGAUCUGGAAAAGGAGUUGUCGUGCUCGAUCUGCACCGACGUACUCUACCGGCCUCUGACGUUGCUCGACUGUCUGCAUACUUUCUGUGGAAGCUGCCUGAGAGAAUGGUUCGCAUGGCAGGCCUCAUCGAGGGGCCAUGUAUAUUCAUGUCCAGCAUGUCGAGCUGCCGUGCGCGAUACACGGCCGAAUGCGACUCUUACCACUCUGCUCGAGAUGUUCUUGCAAGCCCACCCUGACAAAGGCAAGACGGCCCAAGAUAAGCUGGUUAUGGACAAGACGUAUAAGCCCGGAGACGACGUUAUACCGCCUGUGGAUCUAGGUCAGGUAUCAGACGAUGAUGAUGAUGAGGAAGAGCAACGUAUGCUGGCACAGGCGCGAGAGCUGAGUCUUGACGAUGUUGGCCUAGGAAGUCGUUCUACACACCGCCCACGCCAGAGGCAGACAAACCUCCCUCGUCCUCGUCGUCAUGCAGACUCGCCACAAUCUGGUCAAGCAGACGGCUUGUCGCAUCAGUCCAGCAUACGCUCGCUAUUGAGCCAGUCUGAUGUCGACUUAGGCGAUAUGGAGGACGAAAUCAUGCGUCACAUCAUCGAUCAUGGUCUCCUGGACGGAAUGGAUCUCAACAACCUGACUCCGGACCAGGAAGAUGCCAUCACUGACUCGAUUGCUCAAGCAUAUCGCUCUCGUCGUCGUCAAGACCGCCGUGACCGUGACCGUGACCGUAAUCGUGAACGCUCUGCUGCUCGCCACUCUCCAGCCAUCCAGACCCAUCGUCAUACUCCUCGCUCGUCAACAACCAGACAUUCUCCCUCAACCUCGACACACCGACAACCUACUUCAACUGCAACAACACGUAGCCCUCAUGCCCUGGCUCCGGUCCAGGAUCAGCCAUCUCCAGCCAGACGUCGCGCUGCUUCAGCCAAUCACACUCAUCGAUUGAACGCUGCUUCCGGUCGCCCACGACAUUUAGUCCCUGACUCGCCCUCGCGUCCUUCGAAUCACAGUUCACCUGCCUUGCCAAUGUCUGCUCGAGAAGAGCCAUCAUCGGACGUGCUAGCUCCUUCGAUUGCUUGUUCAAGAUGCGAGAAGCCUGAUAUACAGCACUCACUAUACUAUAACUGUGACAAGUGCUCAGAUGGUAACUUCAACUUGUGCAUCGAAUGCUACCGCACAGGGAAAGGUUGUCUGAACUGGUACGGCUUCGGACACGCAGCCAUGACUCGAUAUCGUCCGCAAGCUGCCUCUCGCUCCGAACGUGCGGAUCACGGUGUUCCUCAUGUCUUGUUAGCCAGGCGUUACGUCCAAAACUCUACGCGAUUAGAGCAAGGUCUGUUCUGUGACGGCUGUCAGGCUUUCGCAGAUGCUUGCUACUGGCAUUGUAACUCAUGCAAUGAUGGCGCUUGGGGCUUCUGUAAUGCCUGUGUUGAACAGGGCAAACACUGCUCUCAUCCACUGGCCUCUGUGGCGCAUGUUUCUCAAGCGCCCACUCCAUCCCAGCGACGUUCACCCACCGAUCUAUACCCGCCGUCUCUCACGUCUACUGGCUCUGCCUUCCACUUUGCGGUUCCCUCUAGCCAUGCCCCCACCCUUCCUCACGUCUCUGACCCCGCUUCAUACGUACCGAUAGUAUUGACGUCCUACUGCGAUAUCUGUCAAUACUCUAUUCCAUCCUCCCACGCUCGCUUCCACUGUAACACCUGCAACGAAGGUAACUACGACAUUUGCAACUCCUGCUACCACUCCCUUGUCAACACAGGCAAGAUAGCUCGAAGCAACGGCCCUUCGGGCUGGCGCCGCUGUCUUCGCUCCCAUCGCAUGAGCGUCGUCGGCCACGAGGACAGAGAAGGUGGAUCCCACCGCAUUGUAGUCCGAGAGAUCGUCGGCGGCUGGGCCCUCAAAGACGACAUCUCCGCCACUCCUACAUCCACACUCACAUCUGCAACUACACAACAAGACCAAUGGCGCUGGAAAGAAAACGACGGCACUUCCAUGGCAACCACCUCCACCUCGAAGUUCCCCAGUUCCCCACAUCUCCUCCCUCCCGAUGGAGGGAUAGGUCUACGCGCUCAAGCCAUAUGGUCUUAUUUCCCCAGCGACGAUGCAAAAGAUGAAAUCCGCUUCCCCCGUAAUGCGCUGAUAACGGAAGUAGAGGAUAUAAACGGAGAUUGGUUCUGGGGUAUCUAUUGCGGAGACAAGGGACUGUUUCCUGGUAAUUAUGUCAGGAUCGUUUGAUAUGCAUUGCAUACACAUCCAGCGGUCUUGCAUCUGGCAGAAGCGAACUAGUGGGAGUUGCUGAUCAUGCAGUAAGGACCGUGAGUGUAAAGCAUUGGGCAUGGAAAAGCACGAGGGCAUGAGAUCCCCCCAAAUCUUGGAUGCAGGAGAUGCAUGUUCCCCGGAAUUUUCUUUGCUGUAUGGACGUUUCCUUUUUGCCCAUGGAGUGCAUGCAGUAGCAAAGUUGCGACCGUUGUUGAUUUGGGGAAAAGUCAUGCAAUGCAAGAUGGACGAUUCUAAUGAGACACAUGACACCACCCGUUACAUCUUUUCUGUGCCCUGGUGUGCCCUGUUGCAUAUUUUCGCAUUCGCAUAUCUCUCUUUGCAAGAAAAGUAAAAAUAAAAAAACAUACUUGCAUCAAAUAGUUUGAUAUCUU